AUGGACUCCUCUGGGAAAUCUGUCACAGACGUCCGCUACGGAUCCGCGUCGCCUGUCGACGACGAGAUCAAGCCGCACGUACAACAUGACGAAGACGUGUCGAUUUUCGAAGACGUCAAGCCUACAAAGUACGACCUCGAAGACCCCGGUGCCGUGGCCGAACUCGAGCAGAAACUCGAUCUCGACGCAGAGGUCGCCGAGCUGGACCAGCUCGGCGACUCGUUCAAAAAGGAGCGCUCCUGGUUCGGCAAACUACGGGCGCUUGAGUUCGAGACCAACUUCAAAGACAAGCGCAAAAUGGUGUACAUGCUGGGCGCGUUCGCGUCGUUCGCGGGUAUCCUGUCCGGUAUCGACCAGUCGAUCAUCUCUGGGGCGUCGCUCGGAAUGAACGAGAUGCUGCAUCUCUCGACACACGAAGCGUCGCUGAUCUCGUCGCUCAUGCCGCUGGGAGCCAUGGCCGGGUCGAUGAUCAUGACGCCGCUCAACGAGUGGUUCGGGCGGAAGUCGUCGAUCAUGAUCUCGUGUGUCUGGUACACCGUGGGUGCGAUCCUGUGCGCCGCUGCGACAAACCAGCACAUCAUGUACGCGGGCCGGUUCAUCCUGGGUGUCGGAGUCGGGAUCGAGGGUGGAUGCGUCGGCAUCUACGUCUCGGAGUCCGUGCCCUCGACGGUGCGCGGGAACCUGGUGUCGCUGUACCAGUUCAACAUUGCGCUGGGCGAAUUGUUCGGAUACAUCAUCGGAGUCAUUUUUUUCAACGUCAAGGGCGGCUGGCGGUUCAUGGUGGGCUCGUCGCUGGUUUUCUCGACCACGCUGCUCACGGGGAUGUUCUUCUUGCCGGAAUCGCCCCGUUGGCUUGUGCACAAGGGCCGCACGGGUGAGGCCUGGAACGUGUGGAAAAGGCUGCGCGACACGUCGCAGGCGAACGCGAGGCUCGAGUUUUUGGAAAUGCGCCACGUUGCGGUGCAGGACGCCGAGUUGCACAAGAACGAGUCCCGGUUCCAGGCCAUGUUCGACCUGGUGCGCAUCCCUCGUAACCGCAGAGCGCUUGUGUAUGCGAUCAUGAUGAUCUCGUUGGGCCAAUUGACCGGUAUCAACGCCAUCAUGUACUACAUGUCGACUUUGAUGAAGCAGAUUGGGUUCUCGAACGAGCGUGCCAUUGCGAUGUCGAUGGUUGGAGGCGCCGCGCUUUUGCUCGGAACGAUUCCUGCCAUUCUGUGGAUGGACCGCUUCGGACGUCGUACCUGGGCAAUGACGAUCGUACUAUUCUCUGUCGGGCUUGUCUUCGUCGGUGUCGGGUACUUGAUCCCGAUCGACACCAAGCUGCGCGCCGCGGAAGGGGUAUACCUCACGGGCCAGAUCUUGUACAACAUGGCGUUCGGAUCGUACUCCGCUUUGACAUGGGUGCUUCCUUCCGAGUCGUUUUCGCUUGCGACCCGUUCCAUCGGAAUGACCGUGUGCUCUACUUUCUUGUACCUAUGGGCAUUCACGGUGACUUACAAUUUCGAAAAAAUGCAGGCCGCGAUGACAUACACCGGGUUGACGCUGGGAUUCUACGGCGGUAUCGCGGUUGUGAUUGGUAUUCCGUACCAAUUGUUCUUCAUGCCUGAGACCAAGAACAAGACCUUGGAAGAGAUCGACGACAUUUUCUCGAAGCCCACGCGCGAGAUUGUGCGCGAGAACGCACAUAACAUGAAAGCAUGGAUCGGCAAGCGGUUGGGACGCAAUUAG